AUGUUCGGAGUCAAAGAUGCCAUAUUUAAGAUUAAGCGCUCCUUCACGGGUACAGAUUCUUCUGACUCCACUGCCUACACAACAGCAAGUGAAUCUUCCCCCCGAUUGAAAGAUUCUCAUAACCCUUUUCGAAAUAAAACAGCGUCUGAAAGAACCAUAGUUGAAGAGUGUUCCCUACCACCGGUGACGUUGAAUGGCUAUUUCCCUUCAACUAAGAACAAACUUCUUACUCCUGAAAUGUGCGAUGAAAUAAGAAGCUUAAUGCCAACAAGAAUACAGUUGUACACCGAAUGGAAUCUUCUAUACAGCCUUGAGCAACACGGAUCUUCGCUACACUCUCUAUACAGCAAUGUUGCUCCAGAUAGCAAAGAAUUUAGGAGAGUGGGGUACGUGUUAGUAGUAAAGGAUCGUAAAAAUGGAAUAUUCGGAGCCUACAGUAAUGAAGCUUUUCAUCCCAACGAACAUAGGCAAUACACCGGAAAUGGGGAGUGCUUCCUAUGGAAGCUGGAUAAAGUACCUGAUGUCAAUAUAUCCGGAAAGGAAGAGCCUGAGGAGGAAGGCAAGGAAGAGAGAUGGAGAUUUUCCGGUUAUCCGUACACUGGAGUCAACGAAUAUGCCAUAUAUUGCACGUCCGAAUUUCUUUCAAUGGGUGCCGGUGAUGGUCAUUAUGGCCUUCUAUGCGAUGAUGGUCUUCUCCACGGUGUAUCAAACCCUUGUCAAACGUACGGUAACGACGUUUUGAGUAAGGAAGGAAACAAGUUUUCUAUAGUAGCUUUAGAAGUAUGGCGUGUAGGUUAG